GAACUUAUAUCUUUAUUUUACAUUGAGGUGAAAGUGACAAUAAAGGUCCCAGACUUAGAAGAGGAAAAAUACAUCAGAACUUUACACCAAGGGGAUUUUUUUGGAGAGAAAGCCCUGCAGGGGGAAGAUGUUCGGACAGCUAAUAUCAUUGCUAGUGAUCCUGAUGGUGUAACAUGUCUUAUCAUAGAUCGAGAGCCGUUCAUUCAACUUAUUAGUAACAUUGAUGAAAUUAAACGAAAAUGUUAUGAUGAGGAGGAGGUAACUGAAAGAAAAAAGGUGAAUACAGAAUUUGCCUAUUUGAAAUUAACAGAUAUAAAAGUUGUAGCCACUUUAGGGAUUGGAGGAUUUGGAAGAGUUGAACUUGUGCACAUAAAUGAAGAUGCUUCAAAAACAUAUGCUCUUAAAGUGAUGAAAAAAUCUCAGAUUGUGGAAACCCGUCAACAGCAGCAUAUCUUAUCAGAGAGGGUCAUCAUGGAAGAGGCAAAUUGUGAUUUCAUUGUCAAGCUAUACCACACCUUUAAAGACUCUAAAUACUUAUACAUGUUAAUGGAGGUGUGUUUAGGAGGAGAGUUAUGGACAAUUCUCAGGGAUCGGUGGUUUGAUGGCUUCAACUGGGAAGGAUUACGAUUAAGGACACUGACACCACCUAUUAUACCACAGGUCCAGAAUGCAGUAGAUAUCAGCAACUUUGACCAAUAUCCACACGACAUGAAAUGCCCAGCACCAGAUGACAAUUCUGGCUGGGAUGUUAACUUUUAAGCAAUAUAUCUUAAAACAAAUUUUAAGAAAUAUAUUUUUUUUUAUUCAGAGGUGCUAGAAGAAAGCUAAGAUCUCAACUGCUAAAUCCCUAUCUUCAUAAGAAUGUAUUUUGCAGUUACAUUAUUGAAAAUUAUUUCUGGAAGUAUGUAAGACUGAGAAUUUCACAGUUAAUUAAAAUUCUAAGCAAAACUAAAAUCAGUAUGAAAUAGUUGCUUUGAAUUUUAAUUCUUCAUACUUUCAUUUUUAUCUUGGAGCAAUAAAAUAGUACUUAACAAAAAGAGGGUUGUUUUAUAUGAGAUAGAUCACUUGCUGUAGUACAAAAGUAAAUGACUGUAGAUAGAUAAAAAUACCUAUUUCUGUCAUUAUGAAAUAAAAUUUAGAUGUUGUGAAAGAACAUUUUACUUGUAGUAAGUACCUUAGCAAUUUUUGUUUAUGACUGUUUUCAAAUGUAGAAUGAGGAAUGAUAUUGUAAUAGAUAACAGAAGUAAUGGAAUAACUUUCAAUAAGUGUACAAUUUUCAUUUAAACAUUUUGAAAGUAUAACU